GCUCGAAAUGCCAAAACCUCUUUUCUAUAUAUUUUGUUUGUGUAAUGUUUUGAAAUGGAUGAAAGGACAAGCAAGCAUAUGAUGUGACAAUUUCAUCUUCUAUAAAUAAGCUUUGAGUAUGAAUUUAUAUUUAAUUGAACUUGGAAGCACAAAUAAAUUUUGCAGUCUCACAAACAAUACAAUUCUCCAGCAAGAGAAUACAUGCAUUCAAUGCUUUCAACAUAUCGACCCUUAAUGCUGCAAGGACAUGAGCGUUCUAUAACGCAAAUUAAGUUCAAUCGUGAAGGUGACUUGUUGUUCUCAAGCUCAAAGGAUCAAAAACCAAACGUCUGGUAUUCAUUAAAUGGCGAACGUUUGGGUACAUACGACGGACAUCAAGGAGCAGUUUGGUGUUUGGACGUUGAUUGGACUACAUCAAAACUUAUUUCUGGAGCGGGUGAUAUGACCACAAAAAUUUGGGAUGUCGAACAGGGUACUGUUAUCGCUUCGAUCCCAGCCAAGUCUUCUGUGCGAACAUGUAAUUUUAGUUAUUCUGGCAAUCAAGCUGCUUACUCUACAGACAAAGCUAUGGGACAGAAUUGUGAGUUAUUCAUUAUCGAUGUACGUACAGCAGAUUCGAGCAUAGCAGAACAAAAUCCUAUUUUGCGUAUACCUAUGGUACCAUCGAAAAUUACUUCUAUGUUGUGGGGACCUCUAGAUGAAACCAUAAUUACUGGUCACGAUAAUGGACAAAUUUCAAUUUGGGAUAUACGCAAAGGUGGUCGUGAAAUCAAUUCUGUAAAUGACCACACAGCUGGUAUAAAUGAUAUGCAAAUGAAUAAAGAUGGCACGAUGUUUGUAACUGCCUCCAAAGAUACAUCAGCGAAACUUUUUGAUUCUGAAUCUCUGAUGUGUCUCAAGACAUACAAAACCGAAAGACCUGUUAAUUCCGCUUCAAUUAGUCCCAUUAUGGAUCAUGUUGUUUUGGGCGGUGGUCAAGAUGCUAUGGAGGUGACAACCACAUCAACUAAAGCCGGUAAAUUUGAUUCUCGUUUCUUCCACCUAAUUUACGAGGAAGAAUUCGCUCGACUAAAGGGCCAUUUCGGUCCCAUAAACAGUUUGGCUUUCCAUCCGGAUGGCAAAAGUUACGCUUCAGGUGGUGAGGAUGGUUUCGUGCGUGUGCAAACAUUCGACAGUACAUAUUUUGAAAAUAUCUUCGAGUAGAUACAUAUACGUGUAUGUUGAAUUAAUUUACAUUUUAGUAACCUCCCAUACCUUUUUGUAACUUUAUUUAUGUAAAAUUGAAAUUGAUACGCAAAUAUGUUUGCGAAUAAAAUAAAUUUCAAAAGAUAUUUGA